CCGACUUAUGGUUUUGCCGACGAUUAUCAUAUAUUGAUGACCGGUAUAAGCAUUAACACUCUCUUUGAUUUAAUGCAGCAAGCCCUGCGAUCUGUUGAACAAUGGUGUUGUCAGGUUGGAUUAUCUGUAAAUCCGGGCAAAACAUCAAUGGUGCUUUUCACUCAUCGUAGGAUAAUUACAGGAGCUCGUCCGUUGCAGUUCUUUGGUUCAGAGGUCACUGUGGUCGAUCAAGUUAAAUACGUCGGGGUUAUUCUUGACUCAAAACUGAAUUGGUCUGCUCACAUUGACUUCAGGAUUGAAGGAGCUUGCAUGGCUUUCGGCCAAUGCAGACGAGCUUUUAGAAAAUCAUGGGGACUCAAACCCAGAUAUAUUCAUUGGAUCUACACAACUAUCGUUAGACCAAUUUUAGCAUAUGGUUGUCUUGUAUGGUGGCAGAAAGGAGAAGUCGCGACAGUUCAGUCGAAGCUAAAUCAUCUCCAAAGGAUGGUCCAAAUGGCGAUGACAGGAGCAUUCACGACAACUCCUAAUGCUGCUCUAGAGGCGCUACUGUGUAUUAAACCACUACAUGUGUUCCUAAAACAAGAAGCAUUAUCUUGUGCAUACCGUCUUACUGGCGCAGCUUGCAAACUUGCGCUCAGACAAAAGCAUUUCUACCAGAUUUAAAUCUGAAAAUGUCAAAGUGUCUACUGCAUUUCUCCAAGUAUCAUUGCAGUAUUCUGGUCAGAGCUCUGACUGGACAAUGCAAACUCAAUUAUCACAUGGCUACUAUUCAACGUGCUGAGUAUUAUUCGUGUGAUUUGUGUGAAUGCGAUUAUGGUACUUCAUUAUCAUCUGAUAUGUAACUGUCCCGCAUUGACGCAGCUACGUAUCCGGGUUUUUGGUUCUCCAUACAUGGUUGAGUCUGUGUAUGCGGAGCUAAAAUUGAAGGAUAUUCUCUCGUUUCUCACCCAAUGUGAUAAGGAGCUAUAGUCAGAAGGGUUCAUCGUUCUUCCUGGAGUGAAUGAAUCCCUUCUGUAUUCACCUUAAAUAGGGUUUAGCAGAUUGUUUGGCAUCCUUUGGGGGGUACCGAAUUUUCUUCUGCUCGUACAUACUGCGAGUCGUUCUGCAUUCUUCCGAGAAUGGUGUCGCUUUUGUAAGAUCUCUAAAUUCUCUCGGGGGUUGGAGGUUUUAUUAACAGCAGACUGUUCGGGACCUCGUAGAGGUUCAGAAUUUCCUUCUGCUUCCACUAAAUGUGAUCCUCAGCAGAUUGUUCAGCAUCCCUUAGGGGUGCAGAAUUUACUUCUGCUUUUAUGUGUUUUUGUGUCGUCAAUUUUUCCCAUCCUCCUAGUCCAACCCUUACCAUUUCCUUUCAAUCCUUCCCUCUUAUAUAUCGGGAAAAUGAUGCUAAAAACAAAUUGAUGGCAAGGCACAAAUCUCCAAAUAUCAAGGGGAACGUGCCAUUUGAGCCAAUUUGUUCUGAUUCCUGAUUCCUGAUAGGCUAUACUGCUAGUUAAUUUUCGUUUAUAGUCCAAUAGACUUUCUUUUCACUGGACUACAAGCGAAAAUCUCGCUGUAUGGUUAUGUCGAGUCGUCGAAGUACGGAUAAAAAUUCUUUCUUUCUCGCGAAAUACUCGAAUUUUCCCCGCACUAACACAUGAUUCAACGUGCUCACCCGCUGAGAGAUUCACCGUAAGUGACUCAUUCCUCAUGGUCACAAAUAGAGUAAAAUGAGUACGCACAGCUCACUACGAUUUACGCUCGUGUCAACUUUCUCGUGCUCGCAAUGAAACAGAAGGCUUAUUGGUUACCAAUCAGAAAUUGAAACCAACUCCUAUUGAAAUAGCUAUGAAUGUGUUUAUUGACAUUCUACAAAUACUGAAAAUUAGUAGAGUAAAAGAUUCGAGCUGUAGUAUAACAGUUUAUUUUAUAUUCACAAUACAGAGUUGCAACAAUGUGUAACAAUUAUCUUUAAAGGAAUGUAAAAUGGAUGAUAUUUACAUAUGACUUGGUGAAGCUUCCAUUACAUUUAUUUGGAUCUCCAUUACAUUUAUUUCCAUUCGGAAAUUAAAUAAAAAUUCUCAAGAAUAGUUCAAUUAUUGUACCGAUAGUCAAGGUAUUAGUCGGCCUACAAUCUGGCCUACAACAACAACUAGAAUAAAAUGAAAACUUGAACCAUGAAAGUUUUCAUUGAACUAUUUGAAACAUUCAGAUCCCACGAAUUGUUAUGAGUCAAAACGUCCACUGUGUUAAAGACUCCCCAUAACAUAGCAAGGAUAAAAGUAAUGAAGAUUCGUUCACGACUGUAUUUUCUAAACUACUGUUGCCAUUCAGUCAUCGGCAAGUUUCUUUUUUUGUGGUCAUGGGAUAGCAAAUCAUUGAAUCAAUUCUUGAUUCAAAUAAUUCCGCCAGAUGCCACACGACUUACCUGUUAAAUGAAAUUAUUGCAUCAAGACAAAUUGACCGUAGUAUUUUCCUCAGUCAACUACCGACACUGAACGGCUAUGUUGACUGCUGAUUUUGAAGAUCAACUUCCGUGGAUGAACGAUCAGCCCGAGAACUUCUACUAAUGGUUCCAAUUGAUGCGAUAAAUGGCGGAGCUAAGAUGUGUCGGUGUAUCCCUGAAUCUCUUAGCACUGGUAGCUUGAUAAAAAGUUCAAUGACUCAAUACCCUAGGAAAUCAAGGUAGUCAAUGUAAUUUAAUUUGUAUCAAUUAAAAUGUUGGGAUGAGUGAGUUUGUCAUUUAUAAUCGUUUGUUUGUAACUUAUCUAGAAAACACGACCACCUUCUUUGACUUCUUUUCAGUUGACGGCUAAGCUCAUGAUUUGGAACGUGUCCCAGAAAUUCCAAUGUCGACUAGUUUAUUAUUUUCUACUAUUAACACUCUACUAGUAAGAUGCAUUGACUCAAGCCGGCUGAUAAUUACACCAUUUUUGAACAGCCCCACGGUCGAGGCGUUUAACAAGGCAAGGUACACACAGUUCUGUUCCGUGCACCACGUUUGACAUUAUUAUCGAUGAACCGCAGGGGCGAAGAGUUUAAUUCAAUUAGAGCCCGUGCAGUUAAACACAGAAAAAGACGCGUUCGACGUGCACGUAAUUGCUUCUCGAUUCACUUAAGAACCAACCAGCCCAGUCACGGUGCGAUGAUGCUUUGGCUAGUUUGGCAUACCUCUCGGAUUGCCGAUCUUGUCAGUUGAUUGCUGACCGCAGUGAUGCAACGGUCGCCGGGUAAUAAUUAUUUAUUUGAUGGUAAAAUUUCACACAUGAUCUCAGCACAGCAAGUGUACAGAAGUAUAGUGUUCUGAUAUGCGUGGUAAAGUGAAUUCUAGUUUUGCAGCGUAGUUCCGCGAUAACAUGAAAUGUGAAAAGUAUUGUAGAACAAGUGAUCGGAAAAUCAGAAACAUUAGAACGUUGAGCUUGAAUUAAUCUAUAAGUGUGUAGUUUGUACAGAGUUAGACCAUAAAUCUCACAAUGCGAACGAUUCUCCUCAAAAGCCACCUUUAUGUGAUAGUGAUCUUUACGAUGCCACUAUUAAUAUCAAAACGUUAUGGGUGGAAUUGGAACUCGGUUGUGGCGGAGGAACAGCAGAAUGCAAUAGAAGAAUUCGCUGACGACGAUAACCGAUUUUGUAGAAAUGUAGAUAUUCGAAAUAAUCUUCACCGUUUGAAUCAUAUAAGAAAUUGUACCGUUAUUACCGGGUUUCUGCAGUUAGUGCUGCUCGAACGGAUCCAAUCGCACGAGUUUGCUGAGUUUCAGUUUCCAAAUUUGAGAGAGGUAACCGGAUUCGUGCUUUUCUUUCGUGUAUUCAAUCUCGUCUCUUUGCGGGAUCUGUUCCCGAAUCUAAUGGUUAUUCGCGGUCAGGAGCUAAUCGGGAAUUACGCUUUGAUUUUCUAUGAUUUACCCCAGCUGCAGGAGAUAGGUCUGAAAAGUUUGAUUGCCAUACAGCGUGGUUUCGUUUAUACGCAGUACUGCCCAUUGCUGUGCCAUACAGAUACGAUAGAUUGGCCCAGUAUAACACAUAUGACAAACAAGACACGUGACCAGAACCGUUUCGAUAAGCCGGCUGCAGUGUGCAACAAAGCCGAAGUGUGCCGGGGUUGUCCACGAAAGUUUUGCUGGGGCAGUCAAAGUUGCCAAAAGUUCCACACGGGUUAUGAUUUCACAGGAACCAUCAAAUGUGACCAACAAUGCAUUGGAGGGUGCACUAGUAAAAAGGAUACUGGUUGUCGAGUGUGUCGCGGUCCGAAAGAUGGAAAGCGAUGUGUGGAAAAAUGUCCUUAUGGAAAAGUACUCUUCCACGAAACACAACGUUGCAUCACCAAGCUGAAAUGCGUUGAUCGCGGUGGGCUGGAGUACAACGGAGAAUGUGUAGCCGAGUGUCCGGCCGGAUAUAGUGCAACCAACGUGGAUCAGGCGGAAGCAGAUUUUUCGAACCACACGUGCUAUCCCUGUCGGGAUCGUUGUCCCAAGAUUUGCGAAGGUAUGCAAGUAAUGUAUCUAUCGGAUGCCGAACGACUUGAGGGAUGUACGAUCAUCAACGGGACACUGCAGAUUCGCAUGGUCGAAGAUCAUCCGAAUCUGAUGGGUGAACUAAGGACAAUGCUGGGCAGUAUAGAGGAAAUUAUCGGUUAUUUAAAGGUGUACCGUUCCAAUGCCCUGCCGUCGUUGGAAUUUUUAGAAAAUCUUGCAACUAUCCACGGCCAGUUGGAACUGGGACAUGGCAAUUAUUCGUUGAUGGUUUACGAAAAUUCGAAUCUACAACGAUUAUGGAACUAUGAAUACAAAACAUCGUUGAAGUUGUUGAGCGGUAGUAUGUAUUUCGUAUACAAUCCUUUGUUAUGUGUCGCACAAAUAGAGUUGUUGCAGAAAAUUACAUCAUACAACAAGACAAACGAUUUGAUUAAUGUCGAUUCGAAUGGCUUCAUGCAAUCUUGUAAUGUAGUUAGUAUCACAGUAAAGUCAGAAGUGCUAUCCAGUAGAAACGCAACUAUCUAUUGGACAAAAUAUAACACAGCUCCACAACAACAGCUGGUGGGAUAUGUAAUUUAUUUUACUCCUUCGGAGAAGGAACGAUCACCGUACGAUGGCAGGGAUGUUUGUUCUGAGUAUAGUUGGCAGUCAAAACUGGUCAGAUUAAGAGAAACCAAAUACGAAGCUAACAUGCUUUCAUAUAAUUUAACCGGACUAAAGCCGCUUACAAGAUACGCUUAUUACAUCAAAACGUACGUAGCGGAUAACAGUCACAAUAUUACUGAAAGACGAAUUGGAAAAUCCGAUGUUCAUUAUUUCACCACCAAAAUCGCAAAACCUACUCCUCCAUUGAAGGUGUACACCGUUAGAAAAACAGAUAAUUCGAUAACAUUCUCGUGGAGAAUUUUAAAAGCAGAGAUCAAUCUUGUUCAGCGACUACAUGUGGAUGUUUUCAUCCAGCCCGAUGAACAUCAUGUGCUGGAUCAACGCGAUUAUUGCGUCUAUCCAAGAAAUGUAGAAGAGAACAUCGAAUAUAGUGAAACGUGUAGUGCUGAAAUUUGUUGCUCGGAAGACGGAGUCCUGUCAGAUGUUCCCGAUAUUUCUGAUUUGGAAAGUGACAUAUACGAACGUCGUAAACGUUCCUUGGCUGAUACUCCGAAGGAAAAUGUUAUUCAAGAGCAUUACGAUAAUAAUUUUCAAGCAAAAAUGUACAGUUUUCUGAAUGAACCCACACCCGUCAGUCAAACUAUUUCCAAAAGACGUCAAAAACGUGAGAUUGAGGAUUUAAGAAAUCGCAUCUAUUUUCACAAUUUUCAUGCUGAUAGCAAAGAAUUCACCGUGCCUAACUUAUUACCGUACACUUACUACACAUUUCAACUGUUCGCGUGCAGCGCCAAAGAUUUUCGCUAUUGUAGUCCGUACAGUAUCUAUUCCGACCGAACAGAACCUUCGGUGACUGCUGGUCAACUGAACGUUGUUGUUAGCAAACAAUCAAACAAUUCCACCUUGGUCGAUCCAAAUUCAAUCACAAUCAGUUUCCAGGAACCGGAAAUAGUGAACGGAGCAACGGUAGCUUUUAACAUCGAGAUCAAAUCAUUAAGCAUACCGAUCCCCAUGUUCCGCUACGCAUGCAUCACAAGAUUACAACAUAAAAAGGCCGGUAAUUGUUACGUUUUUCGCAACCUAACUGUGGGCGAAUAUGCCGUAAGGGCACAAGUGGUUUCUUUGGCUGGCCCUGGACCAUUCAGUGAUUGGUACUUCGCACAGGUUGUACCGAUGGAGGAACGUAGCGAGGAUAACUCGCUGCGGAACGGAUUUGUCAUCUUUGCACUGCUGCUGAGUGUCACUGCAAUUGCAAUCGGCGCGUAUAUUCUGUAUCACAAACUCAAGACCCAUCACGACGAUAAAAUACCGCUGGUAGAGAACGAUGCAAAUGCAUUGGAAGCAGAGGAUGGCUUCGUUGAUUGUGCUCUUCGGUAAAAUUGAUCUAUGUAUUAGAAAUAUUUAGGAAAUAGUUAUGAAUACUUCAUCGGUUUGUAAGUUCCUAUAUACGCUGCAAUAAAUAUAUAUUUUAUUGCUUA